UAACUUUACGAAUACACUCACAAAAGUGUAAGAAAUUAUGCCCAGAGCUAUAUGACUCAAUCCUCCGGGGCGGGGACCAAAAAAGGUUACGUCUCUGCUGCCAAGAGCCCUAACCAAAACAAUAUGUUCUACCGAUCCUUUCCACUUACCAGAAAGCAGAAGGAUGAGAACUAUACCUUCUAUGGGUAAUUUCAACUGGAUCUUCCAGAUCUUUGACAAAUCUAGCCCUCAUACCCCCCUCAUCUAGGCCAAUCAAUAGCGACCUUCUCAGCUUCUCCACUCAAAAGAAAUCUAUAGAUGAGAGGGACACAGAAUUCUUGGCCUAAAGUGCGAUAUAUAUAGUAAUCUCCCGUGUUGGAAGUUAAGGAAAAGGGGUAUCAAUAGUAUGAUAGGACAGGUUAGAGCGCUCUCCCUGUGUUACUAGAUACGAGUAUAAAAUGAAUUCUCCCAAACAGAAGGUGAGAUAGACAAUCUAGCAAAUAGAAGCAGGGAACAGGGACCGCCCGGCGUUCGUCGGUUUUUGCGGGUGCCAGUAUUAUCGAUCUGGGUUGAGACAUAACAAGUCUUCUUACGUUUCCAAGAGGUCGUCGUAGUCCGUUCUAAGUAGCUCAACAUGGCGAAUAUCGAGCCACCGGGUUCGCCAAUCCGUCGUCUGCAGAACAUAUUUGGGUAUCCUAAACCGCCUGACAUCAGUCGCAAGAUCACUGCCUAUGUAGCCUGUCGGAAGCAAAAGAUAAAAUGCCAUAUGAAUGAGUCCCAGCCACCAUGCACUCGAUGCAAAGAGAAAGGCCUCCAUUACACUGUAAAUCGCAGCCUGCAGAUGCUGCUAGAAAAUGAUGUACUUUGAGUGAAGUCAAACCUUGUACCCUUUUCUUCAUAUUCCAUUAACCUCUUGCUAUUAGAUGGAAACAAAACAUAGAACAGAAGAUAGAAAAGCUAGGGCAGCCAUUGGUCCGAUCUCGGGUAAUAAUUCAUCCUUAGAUGUUCCUCAGCAAGAAGAGCAAGAGUGAAAAUGUAAACCAUCGUCAGCGAGUAGUAAACAAGCUGAAGUGAAUCGGCAAGUUGAUUCGCAUACAGCAAGCGAGGAGCUGGGUCGGUGGAAAAUUAUCAGACUUGGAACCAAACCCAGCAGCGCUUCCAGGCCAUUAUUUGAUACCAGCAAAUCCCAGGCAAAAGAAAGUCCCCACGGAUAUAAUCUCUCGCGGUGUCAUUAGCAAUGAGAAUGCCCAAAAUAAUUUGGUGAAUAUUAAAGCCGACUGGAC